AUCUCAGUGUGUUUUAGAAUAGUCACCGCGGGAAAACAUGAUAUUUAUACUGGGUACACCGCCCAUAAAGUAUCACUCCGGGAUAGGUCCGAUCAGGACCUACUUCAUGAUUUGGAGUCAAGUUUAAACUUGGAUCAGUGGCAGCAUGGCCAUCCUGGAAACGUAGAUGCUAUCGUAAUGGUUUCCGCAGAACAUAAAGUGGAAUUUUUGAAUGAAUUAGAUAGACAUCAAAUACCACAUUCAGUGUUCCUGGACGAUAUUCCCAAAGCAUUCGAGAAACAUGACGAACAAAUGGAAAUGUGGAGAAGAACCCGAAAGGAGAGAAGGGUGUUCGAAGAUUAUCCCCGAUAUGCUGAGGUGAACGACUAUCUGGUGUUCAUUGCUGCAUCAUAUCCCGACUUGGUGACUGUAGUUGAUGCUGGAUUAAGCUUUGAAGGGCGCUCCAUUAAGUACCUGAAGAUUUCAACGACGAACUUCACAGACCCUAGUAAGCCUAUUUAUUUCAUGGAUGCAACAAUUCACGCUCGAGAAUGGGUCACUACACCAGUGGCGCUGUACUCCAUUUAUCGACUGGUGGAAGACUUAAGAGAUGUAGAUAGAGAUCUGAGAGAGGAUAUUGACUGGAUCGUACUGCCUAUAGUGAAUCCUGAUGGUUACGAGUACACUCAUACAGAUGAUCGAUUGUGGCGCAGAACUCGUUCAUUCUAUCCUGAAGUCAACCAGACUUGUUACGGGGUUGAUGGGAAUCGUAACUUUAAUGUCUCCUUUAACACAGUUGGGGUGUCAAACGACCCUUGUGGCAAUACUUACCCUAGUCAUGAAGCGUUCUCCGAGCCAGAGACGAGGAUAGUCCGAGACAUCAUGUUUGAAUAUUUGGACCGCAUUCAGUUAUAUUUGAAUAUUCAUAGUCAAGGAUACUUGGUGUUGUAUGGAUAUGGAGAUAGGACGGUACCGAGCAAUUCUGUAGAGAUAUUUCAUGUCGGAUCUGUUAUGGGUGCAGCUAUAGAUGCCCAUAAAUUACCUCAAGCAGGGUUCUAUAGGGUUGGGAACAGUGCAAUGAUUCUUUACCCUUCUUCUGGGAGUGCUCAGGACUAUGGUCAGCAUGUAGGUAUACCAUUUUCUUACACCCUGGAGCUGCCAGGAUAUGGAUAUGGACAUCAGGUGCCGUCAGAGUACAUCCAGCAGAUCAACUCCGAAACCUGGGAGGGGAUAGCCGCCAGCGCUCGAGUCGCCAGAUCUUACUAUAAAGCCAGAAUAUACUCUGCCCAUAAAGUAUCACUCCGUGAUAGGUCUGAUCAGGACUUACUUCACGACUUGGAGUCCAGCUUAGACUUAGAUGUGUGGCAACAUGGAUACCCUGGAGACGUGGAUAGCAUCGUUAUGGUUUCGCCAGAAGACAAAAAUAUAUUUUUAGAAAAUUUAGAUGCAAACCUAAUACCACACGCUGUUUACUUAGAAGACGUUGCAACAGCAUUCGAAGAGCAUGAUGCAGUAAUGGAGUCGUGGAAGAGAACUCGUCAGGGCAGAAAGGUGUUCGAAGAUUUCCCACGUUACGCUGAAGUGGACGAGUAUCUGGUGAACAUUGCUGCAACUUAUCCCGACCUGGUGACAAACUUCGAUGUAGCUUUCAAUACUUUAGGGGUGUCGAACAGCCCCUGCAGUGAUACUUACCCCAGCCAUGAAGCCUUCUCAGAGCCAGAGACAAGAAUCAUUAGAGACAUAAUGCUCGAAUACGUAGAGCGAAUACAGUUGUACAUGAAUAUCCACAGUCACGGUUAUUAUAUAUUAUACGGUUAUGGAAAUCGAACGGUACCGGAAAAUUCUGUGCAGAUAUUCCAUGUGGGCUCAGCCAUGGGAGCAGCAAUAGACGCCAAUAAACUGCCUCAGGCAGGGUUCUACAGAGUGGGUAACAGUGGGUUGAUUCUUUAUCAAACUUCUGGAAGCGCUCAGGACUACGGCCAGCAUGUAGGUAUACCAUUUUCCUAUACCCUGGAGCUGCCCGGGUAUGGGCAUGGAUUCGUGGUGCCACCAGAGUUCAUCAACCACAUCAAUUUCGAGACCUGGGAGGGGAUAGCGGUCAGCGCCCGUCUCUCCAGAGCUUACUACAGAACUAGGUUAACCAGCUGA